AUGGCGACCAUGGCGAACCACGAUCGCGAGACAUCGCUUCCAAUAUGCCAGAACUGCUCGACGUCGACAACGCCGCUAUGGCGACGCGACGAGAUGGGCUCCGUGCUGUGCAAUGCCUGCGGUCUCUUCCUCAAGCUGCACGGCCGCCCGCGGCCGAUAUCCCUCAAGACCGAUGUGAUCAAGAGCCGGAACCGCGUCAAGACGUCGAUGCGCCCGGACAUGCUGAAGAAAAAGGUUGGUGCUUUUUGUUGUUUUGGUUCGUUAUUUUCCGAGGGGCUACACCGUCGGAUAAGGGAUCGAGAUAUCGCGCCUCGGUGCAAACUGGCGGAGCAAACUCGAGGCGCAUGCGCGCGCUGUCUUUCGCACCGCAGGACGAUUGUUUUGUCUUUGAUUUUUUUUGUGCUGUCUACAUGCUCAUACGGGAUUUCUUUCUCCCACAAACAGAAUAAUGCCGCUGCUGCAGCCGCUGCAGCCGCAGCCGCCGCCGCGACCAUGGUCGGCGAUCCGAACGGCGUCGUCGACCUCCAGAGCCAUGCCUAUGCCGCCACUGCCGCCCUCUCGCGACGCACACCCCAGAAGGGCGCUAACGGCCACCACCUUGACACCGACUCGCCCAUGUCCGGCGCCGGCACCCCCAGCAUAUACAACGCCCAUGCCUCCUCCUCCUACCCCAUCCUCGACGACGGCAACUACCAGGGCCAACACCUGCAGGCGUUUGCCACGGCCGGCGACGGGUCCGGCCAGCACGAUGCGAACGGCGACGGCGGCCCCCAGACGUCGGAUCAACUGGCUGCGACAAAUUCCAGCUUGAAGACGCGGGUCGCCGAGCUCGAGGUCAUCAACGACUUUAUCACGCGACGCCUAGGCCACUACGAACCUGUGUACGGCAGCGGUGCCGGCCAGGACGGCCAGGACGGUGCUCAGCAGGGCGACGAGACGCAGCUGCGGUCGCAAAUCGAGCUCUUGACGCAGUCGGAGCGGCAACUGCGCACCGAUCUGGAGGAGGGCCACCGCCGCGAGAAUAUGAUGAAGCGCCGCCUUGACGAGCUCGAGCAGGAGCUCAAGGAGGCCAAGGAUGCCCUCAGUGUCUACGAGGGCGACCGCGCAAAACGGCCCCGCCUUGGCGAGGCUUCCACUUCCCUGUCGGGAACGGCAGCCGACGCAUUGACUGCUGCUGCUGCUGUUGCUGCCGAUGCCGGCGAUUCAUCUGAGGCUGCGGCGCCGACGGCGGACGGUGUGACCGCCGCUGCAACUGCCGCUGCUGUGGCUGCUGCCGUUACUGCCGCGGCAUCCACGGAAGCGGCGGCCGAGACUACCACACCGGCCGUCGCCGACGAGGCCAAGCCGGAGCCUGUCGCGGCGGACACCAACGAUGCCAGCGCAUUAGAUGCUGAGGCCGCCUCUACGGCGCUUGCUGCACUAACGGCCGCCACGGCAGACAAUGCGCUGGAGAACGCGUCGGCACAAGAUGUGGCCGCUGCUGCUGCUGCGGUCGCUGCUGUGGCCAGCGAUGCGGCGCGGAACGCCACUGAAGGUCCCACGUCGCCGAAGCCAUAG